CGCAGCCCCACGUCGGCACAUCCCACGUUCCCCCCUGCUCCGCAAGCGAGCGCUGGCCGUGCGGGUCGCGACCACUUCCACCACCUCCACCACUCCCCUCCCCAACCGCCGCCGCCGCCUUAUUACUCGGCCGCACCCGCCCCGCCGCCCCGGUCCAUGAGUCCAUCCUCCCUCUAGCUAGCACUAAUCGUCCAUCCAGUCUCACAGUCAAGCUCCCCGACCACCAGCGCGCCUCGAGCUCGAGCUUCCCUCCUGACAGCGUGCUGGUCGCUUCAAUGGCAUCUCGGGCGCACCUGCCGGGCUCGCCGGCCUCGAUCGCCGUCCUCAUCCUCUCCUUCUUCCAAGGGUCGGUAUGCGGCAUCACGUUCACCUUCACCAACCGCUGCGGCGACACGGUGUGGCCGGGCCUGCUGUCCGGCUCGGGGACGCCGCCGCUGGAGACCACGGGCUUCGCGCUCGCGCCGGGGCAGUCGCGCUCGCUGUACGCGCCGCAGGGGUGGUCGGGCCGCUUCUGGGGCCGCUCCGGCUGCGCCUUCGACGCCUCCGGCAAGGGGUCCUGCGCCACGGGCGACUGCGGCUCCGGCGAAGUCGAGUGCCGCGGCGCGGGGGCGUCGCCGCCCGCCACGCUCGCCGAGUUCACGCUCGACGGCGACGGCGGCAAGGACUUCUACGACGUCAGCCUCGUCGACGGCUACAACCUGCCCAUGCUCGUGCAGCCCGCCGCGGCCGGCUGCCCCGACACGGGGUGCCUUGUCGACCUCAACGAGCGGUGCCCCGACGAGCUCCGCGCCGACGGCGGCCGCGCCUGCCGCAGCGCCUGCGAGGCGUUCGGCAGCCCCGAGUAUUGCUGCAACGGCGCCUACGGCAACCCCAACACCUGCCACCCGUCCCAGUACUCGCAGCUCUUCAAGUCGGCGUGCCCCAAGUCCUACAGCUACGCCUACGACGACGCCACAUCCACCUUCACAUGCAACCACACCGAUUACACCAUCACCUUCUGCCCCGAAUCAACUCCAUCCAGCGACAGAUCCAAACAUUCGUCUCGGAGGCCAAGCCACGAGCAACUGGAAGAUUCAGUGUGGCUUGCAUCCUUGAAGGCAAGUGGCGCCAGUUCUAUGAAAAUAACGUCAUGGUGGUCGGCGCCCACUGUGUUCCGAUCUGGAUUAGCAAUUGCAGUGGCGACCUUGCUUGGUGCACAAAUUGCACCGGAUCAUCCUGUGGUCGGCUUGCUAUGAUUCGGCAAGGUUGCGGUUCUUGAUUCUUAGGAGCCAUCCAAGUUAUUUUCAGACCGGAAGCAGAUUAGAGCGGUAGUAGAUCAGCAAUGGGGAUAGAAUUCUGUGUAGGUUUUUUGUUGGUGGAUAGGUGCUAGCGCUAGAGAAGGAACGAUGUGUUACAAGUUGGCAAUCGGAAUUCCAUGAAUGCAUUACAUAAGCACAUUGCCUUUCAGAAACAUUGCUCUUUGAAUUAUAAUCUUCUGUGUGCAUCAA